AUGUACAAGGGGCUAUCGCCUGACAGCAUAGAUAGCGACUUCCAUGAAAAUGAAGCAGCCGUUCGUGUUCGAUACUACCAACUGCUCAAAUAUGCCUCAUCUUUCGAGAUUGCUAUGUUCAUCAUUGGUUUAGUCACCAGCGCCAUGAUUGGCGUCUCCAUGCCCGUCUCUUUCAUUUUCUUUGGAGAUUUAGUCAAUGACUUUGCUUCUCCUACCCCCAGCGCUUUUGUGGUAACCAUCCAAAGAAUGGCCAUAUUGGGCGCCGUCACGUUCGUAGUCGCCUACAUUCAGAUGUUCUGUCUACAGUUCAGUGCUCGAAGACAAGCCAGGCGAAUACGAUAUCUCUUCUUCUCGAUCUUCCUUGUGAGCGACCCCCAAACACGACUUGAUCGCACCUCCGUCAUUUGUGGUGCUCUCGGUGGUCUAGUUGCCAUUCGUCUGAUCUGCUACACUCUUAACGUGAGUCUCAUCACUCCAACUCUUCGUAUUAUUUUCAUCAUUGCCAAUUCAGCCUUCAUUGGCUACGCGUUCGGUGUGACAGGUAGUCGUUUGACAACACGAUGUCGAAUCCUGCUCUUCGAGACCAUUCUCAAACAGCAAAACCAACUUAGCCAACGUUUUUGCAUCGCUUUCUUUUUGAAGGAGGUUGGAUGGUUCGACAAGCCAGAGAAUCAGCCCGGCGCCCUGACAGGUCGUUUGGCGGCUGAUGUGCCAACGUUGCAGAACAUGACGGGUCGUCGACUGGCCUCUGUGCUGGAAGUGUUCGUUUUUAUCGUCGCCUCUCUCUUCAUCAGUUUCCUCUACAGCUGGCAAAUUGCCCUUGUCUCUCUCGCCUACCUCCCCAUUCUCGUAAUUGCUGGCGCAUUUGAGAUGCAGACUUGGAGCGCAGAGGUGACGCAAAAGAGCGUGAAGGGUGCGUCUUUGGCACAAGAGGUCUUCUCCGCCUCGAAGACUGUUUGUGCGUUACAGGCUGAGGGGUAUUUUGCUGACAACUACGCUAGUCAGGCGCUUCUCUCACAUUCCCAAAUCCUCAAAGGCGUGGCACGCUACGCUCUGAUGAAUGCCAUCGCCAAUUCGCUCAUGGGCUUCGAAUUCAGUGGUGUCUUCUAUGUGGGUGGAAUUCUCAUCGAAAAAGGCGCUAUCUCCAUGCUGCAGCUUUGGAGAUCUUACUCAGCCAUUAGUUUCGCAUCCUCCAGCCUCGGCUAUGCGGCGUCCUUUGUGCCCGACGCCAAGAAGGCAUCAAAGGCGGCGAAGGCAAUUUUUGAAAUCAUUCAUCGUCACCCUCAUCUGCAGCCUGAUCAUGGCGACUUCCCUGAUCGCCCCUUCACCGGAAACGUCGUUUUCAACAACGUUCGCUUCCGCUACCCUACACGCAGGCAGGUGCCUGUGCUGAAGAGUAUUCCACCCGUCUCGUGGCCUUUCAUAGGUACCUUGGCUGCUGCUUUUGGCACAUCCCCAACGCCCUUUAGGCCCUGUGAAAAGUGUGACUGGACCAACUACUCAAUUGAGGGUGACCAGAUUGAAUGGCUGGUUUGCUCGCAGUACGAGUGCUGCCGUUGGGCCAUCACAGAUGGCACCUCCUGUCAGUUCGCUGUCUCCUCAGUGGCUUUCUGCUACUUUUCUCGUGCAUUUUCUGUAAACUUUUGCGCUUUGGAUGUUAGCAAUCUUGAUGUAGAAGACGAGAAUGACGUGAUGCUGGAUGUGCAAGAGGUCACGAGGAGCAGGAGACUGACGAUAAGAAUGACUAAGACGUCGCUUUUGUUCAGCAGCAUUUUCUGCCUCCAUUUAGUUGAACAUGUGGGUCAUUGGCAAAUCCGCGGCCUCGUGAACCUCUCUGACCAUCUGCUCUGA